UUUUCCGAUCCCAUCUCUGCUCGUCGUCAACAUUACUCGAAAUUUCUGGACGGACACAGACAGGUAGACAGACAGGCGGUUCAGCACCAAAGCAGCUCAUUUACUUGCGGCGUUCUUUGUGGACCGGCUAAAAUGGACCAAGUUAAUGUGCUGAAGGAGAAGGGCAACGCUGCUCUCCAGCAAGGAAAUUUUAAAGAAGCAGUGAAGUGCUACUCAGAUGCUAUCGCUCUUGAUCCAAACAACCAUGUCCUCUUCAGCAAUCGUUCAGCUGCCUAUGCCAAAGAUAACCAGUUUGAAUUGGCAUUGGAAGAUGCUGAGAAAACAGUUAAAUUAAAGCCUGAUUGGGGGAAGGGUUAUUCGAGGAAGGGCAGUGCCUUGGCUUAUUUGGAUAGAGUUGAUGAAGCUAUUGAAGCUUACGAAGAAGGUCUGAGACAGGACCCUACCAACGCUCAGCUGGCCGAGGGAUUAAAAGAAGUCAAAGCAAAGUCAUCACCUUUCCCUGGAGUGGAUGCAGCGCUAUUCAAGUCUCCUGAUCUCUUUGUCAAGCUUCGCAAUGAUCCCCGCACACGAGGCUACUUGGAAGACCCUUCCUAUGUUCAAAUGAUUACCAAGCUUCAAACUGACCCUAAUGCUAAAUUGGAAGGGCUUGAAGAUCCUCGAAUGUUGGCAACAAUAUGUGUUUUGCUUGGCUUAAAUUUUUCAAUGGCGGGAGAAAACGAACCUAUGGACACUUCAGAACCGCCUCCACGCCCUACUCCCCGCCCGACACCUCGCUCUGCGGAGCCUGAGAAGAAAAAGGAACCUGCAGAAGACCUGUCCAAUCUCACUGAACCCCAGCGACAGGCUAGAAAAGAAAAAGAAAAUGGUAAUAACGCCUACAAGAAAAAAGAUUUUGCCAAAGCUCUUGAGCAUUACAACAAAGCAGUGGAGUUGGAUCCUGCAGAUAUAACAUACCUGAGCAAUAUAGCAGCCGUUUACUUUGAACAGAAAGAAUAUCAGAAGUGCAUUGCACAAUGUGAGAAGGCUAUUGAAGUAGGCCGUGAGAACAGGGCUGAUUUCAAACUGAUUGCUAAAGCCUUUGCCAGAAUAGGCAAUGCUUACAAAAAACUUGAGGAUUGGUCUAGUGCUAAAACCUACUAUGAAAAAUCUCUUUCGGAGCACCGAACUCCCGAAAUUCGCACCCUUCUUUCGGAUAUGGAGAAAAAAAUAAAGGAAGCAGAAGAAAAAGCGUACAUAGAUCCUGUCAAGGCUGAAGAAGCUAAGGAGAAAGGAAACAGUCUUUUCAAAAAUGGAAACUAUGGUGAGGCUGUGAAGUACUACACUGAAGCUAUCAAACGCAACCCUGCAGAUAGCAAGUAUUACAGUAAUAGAGCGGCUUGUUACACAAAAUUGGCUGCAUUUGAUCUUGGACUGAAGGACUGUGAGAAAUGUUUGGAGCUUGAUCCCAAAUUCAUCAAGGGCUGGAUUCGGAAAGGAAAGAUUCUGCAAGGAAUGCAACAACAAGGGAAAGCUGUUAGUGCAUACCAGAAGGCAUUGGAACUUGACCCUACCAAUGCGGAAGCCUUAGAAGGGUACCGCUCAUGUAGUGUUGCUGUAAAUUCCAAUCCGGAUGAAGUUCGUAAACGCGCAAUGGCUGACCCUGAAAUUCAAGCCAUUCUUAAGGACCCAGCUAUGAGACUUAUUUUAGAACAAAUGCAAAAUGACCCUAAGGCACUUAAUGAUCAUCUCAAGAACCCUGACAUUGCGGCCAAACUUCAGAAGUUGUUGGAGUCUGGUUUGAUUGCUAUCCACUGACCCUUUUCAAUGAUUGCAAGGGAUUGAAUUCAUUACUUGAAGCCUUUGGUUGAUAAGAGAGUACGUAGCUCAGCUGCUAUAAUAUGUUUUGUUUAGCUCACCAGAUGAUGGCAGCUAAGGACUUUGUUGUCAGACUGAUUUUUUUUCCCUACCAAGGUUCUUGUUUUUCUGUCACCUUGUGCUUCUUACGGAAUUGUUUUUAAUAACAUGAACAUUGUAUAGUUUAACACUCAUAAAACAUUUUUAAACAAGAAUCUGUGUCAUACUGCCAGCCAUUCCUUAGGUUUAAUCAUGUGUAAGGGGUCAGUUAUUGUCCUAUCAUCUUUAACUUUGUUUUCUUUCAUCAUCCCUCCCUUUAGUUUCAUUAAACUGUCAUAUGAAUGCAAUCCUCAAUAAUAUUGUAAAAACACCAAACUAGAUCUUAAAAAAAAAAAAAGCCCAGUAAGUCUCCAGGACCUGUAUUCAACUUACUAACUGUCUCUUAGCGCUAGAUUUUGCAAUCUAGAGACACUGUCCCAUGUAGUGGUACGUGGUGUGAUAAAGAAGAUAUCUGCAUA